AUGAAGUUCAGGAUUUUAUAUGCAGUUCUUGGCUUUAUUGCUGUAUUUGCGCUUGCAUCUGCGCAGGAUACAACAACUGUAGCAUCCACGGAUACUACAACUGUUGCUUCCACCGAUACUACAACUGUCGCUUCCACUGAUACUACAACUGUCGCAUCUACUGCCACUACUACUGUUGCAUCUUCUGCCACAACUACUGUUGCAUCGUCCGCUACUACCACAGUUGCAUCGGCUUCAACUACCGCUGCAAGUGCUGACACUACGACAGUAGCCGCUUCAACUGCCAGAACAACAAGGAGAAGGACUACUAGAAGACGACCAACCAGAAGAACUACUAGAAGGAGGAGAACUACUAGAAGACGUAGACCCAAUAGAAGACCCAACAGAAGACCUAACAGAAGACCUAAUAGAAGACCCAAUAGAAGACCCAACAAUAGAAGACCCAACAAUAGAGGUUAA